AUGAGGCCGAAUCCUGGCUGGGUGCAGCAUCGAAUCACCCCAGGGUUACGUGCACUUGUGGGACAGGCGUGUCGAUACCCCAUUCAUACUCUGCUUGUCACUGCUCUGGCAGCGGCCAUGACCUAUCUUCAUGUUUUGGAAGGAAGCUAUCGGGCUGCUAAUGUAGGUCUGGGGUCCGAGAUCGAGGCAGCUCCCUUAAACAUUCAGUCUUUCCUCUGGGGCAGCCGCACUCUUCGCCUCGGAGCGACCAGCUCCUGGAGAUGGCAGGUCGAUGACCUGCCUGAGGCGUCUGAGUUUCACCAAGCGAACUCUCACUGGGCCCUUGUCACCCUUAAUAUACCAGAUGCUUCUGUCGCGGAUAGUAUCUCCCUUCUGUCAGAUUCGCUCGCCCAGUCUCUCGGUGCGGAUCCAAUUCCGCCUACUUCUAACUUCUUCACUUCCUCUGAUGAUGCCUCGUUGGCGUUUCGAGUUCCAUACUUCCAACUAAGCGGCUUUCUGGAGGCAGUCGAAUCCAUAGCCUCGGAAAACGAGAAUCAUACCUGGAUAAUCAGGUCUCCUCGUGGAGAAGGAAGUCACAUGUCACUGAGACGCUGGCUCGGAAGCUCGUGGCUCUCGUUCCUUCACCGUGCCAAACAUGCAGAGACCGUUGACUUGGUGAUUAUUGGGCUCGGUUACCUAGCCAUGAAUCUGACCGUGGUCUCUCUCUUUCGGGCGAUGCGUCAUCUCGGCUCGAGGUUCUGGUUAGCAGCCUCGGUUCUACUCUCUGGCACAUUCGCCUUUAUACUUGGACUUGGCAUCACGACUGCCUGCCGCGUGCCUGUCGACAUGCUCCUGCUUUGGGAAGGUAUCCCGUUCCUGGUGUUGACGAUUGGCUUCGAAAAGCCGAUCCAAUUUACUCGUACCGUUCUCGGCUCGUCUAAAAACCUCCAGCGCAGCGGGUUACAGCAGUCUGCUUCCAUUGGCAACAAUGAGGAUGAUACCCACCAGAGCCAAUCGAUUUCCAAGACAAUUCAGCUCGCGGUUGAUCGAGAAGGAUGGUAUAUUUUGCGGUCGUAUCUACUGGAAAUCGGCGCGUUGGGGAUCGGAGCGGCACUCCGGCCGCAGGAAAGUCUCGGCCACUUCUGCUUCCUAGCUGUGUGGAUCCUGCUUGUUGAUGCUAUUCUGCUAUUCACCUUCUACGCCACGAUUCUCUGCGUGAAAUUAGAGGUGACGCGGAUCCGGGGCCCCGGUGCGCUUCAUCAAGCUGACGCGCAGCAUGGCCCUCGAAUUUUUGGGUACAAGGUCAAGCCUGCAAGCGUGGCCCGUUGGAAACUGUUGAUGGUGGGUGGCUUCGUGCUCUUCAACGUGCUUCAAUUGUCAUCUUUCUUCUAUCGCUUUAUGGGAGGAUUUAUGGCAAAAACCGCUCUGACCCCUACUCCUGUCAGUCCCUUCAGAGUAGCGGCCAACGGUCUGAACGAUAUUUACCUGUCAGCUCGCCGCGAGGGAGUAGAGACGCGUGCGACAGUGCUAAUGCCUGUUCGGUAUGUCCUAGAGUCAUCUAAGCAUGAUGUAACAGCCACUAGACGCCCCGUCCUCAUCCUCAACAACCAUCUGAUCCAAGCCGCCCGCUGGCAUGCUCUGCCCCGAACCAAAAAAGAGUCAGCUGUCAUAGACAGCUCCUCUCCGUCGUUACCACGCGCCCCCUCUGCCACUGACAUCAGCUCUCGCAGCCCCGAAGAGAUCGAGGCCCUGUUCGAAUCGAACCAAGCAACAUCUCUGACCGAUGACGAGCUGCUGGAGCUGUGUCUUCGGGGUAAGAUUGCAGGAUAUAGCUUGGAGAAGACAUUAGAGCGCAUUACAGCGGGACCGUCCAGCGCAGUAACCAGACUGGAAGCAUUUACGCGCGCCGUGCGGAUCCGCCGUGCCGCUGUAUCGAGGACGCCUUCCACGCAAGGUCUUAGCAGCGGCGUCGAAGAGUCGUUGCUCCCCUAUCGCGACUACAACUACGAGCUCGUGCACGGCGCCUGCUGUGAGAACGUGAUUGGAUACCUCCCUUUGCCCCUCGGUCUCGCCGGCCCUAUGGUGAUCGAUGGCCAAGCGUACUUUAUCCCGAUGGCCACAACUGAGGGAGUGCUCGUUGCCAGCGCCAGCCGGGGUUGCAAGGCUAUCAACGCGGGAGGCGGCGCGGUGACUAUGCUCAAGGGCGAUGGGAUGACACGGGGCCCCUGCCUGGGGUUCCCCUCUGCUUCACGCGCCGCUGAAGCUCAGCGCUGGGUCGAGUCGUCCGUCGGCCACGAGGUGCUCACAACCGCAUUCAACGCAACCAGCCGGUUCGCCCGCCUUCAGACCCUGACUGUAGCGCAGGCAGGCACCUACCUUUAUAUUCGAUUCCGCACCACCACCGGCGACGCGAUGGGUAUGAAUAUGAUCUCUAAGGGGGUCGAGAAGGCUCUCGAGGCGAUGGCUGUGCAGGGCGGAUUCCUGGACAUGCACACUAUUACACUCUCAGGAAAUUUCUGCGCUGACAAGAAGUCCGCCGCCAUUAACUGGAUUGGGGGCCGCGGCAAGUCCGUUAUCGCCGAAGCCACGAUUCCCGCCGACACCGUGCGGAAGGUUCUGAAGACGGAGGUUGAUGCGUUAGUCGAACUCAACACUGCUAAGAACCUGGUCGGCAGUGCCAUGGCCGGUAGUAUUAGUGGGUUUAAUGCCCAUGCGUCCAAUCUUGUUCAGGCGGUGUUUCUAGCCACCGGCCAGGAUCCUGCCCAGAAUGUUGAGAGUAGUAGUUGCAUCACGACCAUGAAGAACAUCAAUGGGAACCUCCACAUCGCCGUCUCGAUGCCCUCAAUGGAGGUCGGGACGAUCGGCGGAGGCACCAUCCUCGAGGCUCAAGGCUCCAUGCUGGACCUGCUCGGGGUGCGCGGUGCGCAUCCCACUGACCCUGGUGCCAAUGCGCGCCGCCUAGCCCGGAUUGUCGCCGCUGCAGUGCUGGCGGGCGAGUUAAGCACCUGCUCUGCUCUAGCGGCUGGCCACUUGGUUAAUGCUCAUAUGCAGCACAAUCGCAGUGCGGUGGCGUCAGCAAGGAAGUGAGGUCUCACCAACUGCCUACCCGCGUCCUCUAAAAUGGGCCACUGCCUUGGGAAGGAGACGGCAAAGCUGCACGGUAGGCUGGGAGAGUUAGGUUUUACCUGGCACUAUCAAUGUACUUGUGAGACUACGAAAAUAAGAUGAAUCAACCAGGUAAGA